AUGGAGCUGGAAAAGGAGUUUACAGAGGAAGAAGUUUUUGAUGUGAUUAAGCAUUUUGAAGCUAAUAAAUUUCCAAGACCAGAUGGGUUCUCUAUGGAGUUUUACAAAUCUUGUUGGCAUAUUAUUAAGAGUGAUUUCAUGAAGGUGAUGGGGGAGUUUUAUUGUAGAGGUACAUGGGACUGGAGAUCGAACUGCUCAUUUGUCUCUUUAAUACCAAAGAAGGAGGACUCAAGUACUUCUAAGGAUUUCAGGCCUCUCAGUCUUCUAGGAAGUGCAUAUAAGGUGUUAUCUAAGGUGCUGGCUAACAGGCUGAAGUUGAUUAAUCCAUCUAAAGGGCUGAGACAAGGAGAUUCCUUGUCUCCAUUCUUAUCUGUUUUGGUGGUGGAGAUCUUAUCUAAGGUGGUGUUGGAUGCAGUUGUUAGAGGACAGAUUCAUGGAUUUCAGGUUAAGGAAAAUGGUAGUAUAAUUUCCCAUCUGCAAUUUGCAGAUGAUACAUUAUUGGUUAAAGCUGAAUCUGGAAAAGAGCUUUUGAUUAGUGUUGGUGCUGAUAGUGUUAUUUCUUCCUUAGCUUUGGAGCUUGGUUGCAAGGUGGAGAAACUGCCAAUUAAGUACUUAGGACUGCCCAUAGGAGUUACAUCAAGAUGUGCAUCUGUUUGGGAUGAAGUAAUUCAAAGAAUGGAGGAUAAACUUGCAACUUGGAAGAAGAAAUUCUUGAAUAAGGCAAGUAGAUUGGUGUUGAUUAAGAGUUGUCUAGCUAUUUUUCAUGUUUAUUUCUUGUCAUUGAUUCACAUGCUUGCAGAGGUGGAGAAGAAGUUAACAAGGUUAAUGAGGAAUUUCUUAUGGGAUGCUAGUGAAAAUAGAAGGAAAAUGUGUUGGGUUUCAUGGCUUAAGAUUUGUAGGCUAAAGCAUUUAGGGGAUUUUGGAGUUAAAAAUCUCAAAAUCACUAGCAAGUCUUUCAAGGAAAAGUGGAUAUGGAGGUACUCUAGGGAGAAUAAGCAGCUGUGGAGAAGGGUGGUACAGGAGAAAUUUUGUAAUAAUCCAGAUAUUUUACUUCCAAGUGACAAUGUUAAACCUAAGGGGAGGAGUGUUUGGAAGAACAUUCUCAAUUCUUCAUAUUUCUUGCAGGAGAGUACUACUUUCAAGCUGAACAAUGAAAAUUCUGUCAAGUUUUGGCUGGAUGAAUGGUCUAGUCUUGGAAAGCUCAGAGAUAAGUUUACAGCUAUUUGUGCAGUGAUAAAACUGCCUCAGUUGCAGAGAUGA